AUGGCGACCCUUGUCGACGACGACGUCAACUCCAUCACGACGACCGCCGCCGCCGUCAAGAUGGCGCCCUCAACGCUCGACUUGUUCAUGUUGACGUUCAAUUGCGCCAAGAACUUCAUCAAUGUCGCCGUCUUCUCGUCGCAUCUGCAUGCGGCCUUCCAGCAAAAUGCUACGGGCCUCCCCGAGCUCGUCGUCUUCUCCCUUCAGGAGGUUGCACCGAUGUCGUACUCCUUCAUCGGCGGUUACUUCCUCAGCCCCUACCUCGCCCGUUACGAAGAGGCCCUGAACCUGGCGGCGACGAGAUACACCAAGGGCACCGACAAUGGUUCCGACAACGAAGACGACACGAUCACGGUGCAGCCCACCGCGCCGGCUCCCGUGCGGCCGUAUACACUCGUGAGAGCUCGAAAUGUUGGUAUGACGGCCAUCAUGCUCUUCGCCCGCACCCCUGAGGCGGUGCUUCGCGUGCAGGAGGCGGAAGUCGGCUUCGGCGCCGCGGAGAUGGGAAACAAGGGCGCCGUUGCCCUGCGCGUCUUGUACGAGGGCAAGGCCGCCGACGGCACCGGCAAGAAGGAGACGGAGCUCACCUUCGUCGCCACGCAUCUCGCGGCCAUGGAGUGGAAUCUGCCGCGGAGGAACGCCAACUGGGCCGCCAUCAUGCGCGGGCUGACGUUCGAGAACCCCGACGACAUCCUCAGCCCGAGUAAGCACGCCCUCGGCCCGGCCGCGGAGGGAGAGGGCCGGGGAGACGGUGCGGGCGACGAGGGGCUGCACCUGCUCCACGACGAGCACCACACGGCCCAGAACCAGGCCCUGAACGAUCGGCUGCAGGAGAUCUCCGUCUUCAAGCCGACCUCGCACCUCUUCGUCGGCGGCGACCUCAACUACCGCAUCUCCACGACCAGCCCGCCGCCCAUGGCCACGUUCCCCAGCCUCGACCCCGACAGCGAGCACCACUACUCGCGCUUCUUCCAGUUGGACCAGCUGACGAGGGAGCGCCAGGCCGGCCGCACCCUGCACGGCAUGAGCGAGGCCGAGGUCAAGUUCCCGCCGACGUACAAGUACACCGUCCUGCCGCCGGACGACAGCCGUCUCAAGGUCGACGGCGUCGAGGACGUGCCGUGGGUCUUCGCCCCGCACCGGUACCCCGGCUGGACGGACCGCAUCCUCUUCCUCGAGGUGCCCUCGUGGGCUAAAGCGGACACCGGCAGCAAGGUCGACGUGAAGUCGUACGACGCGAUGCCCGUCGUCCGCAGCUCCGAUCACAGGGCCGUCUACAUCAGAGCCGCGGUCCCGCUGCUGACGGAGGAGGAGCUUUCACCCACCGCCGCGGCGGAGACGUCCGGACACGUCGCGGACCCGCGGCUCCGGCUGCCGGUGGCGAUCGACCCGGAGGCGUGGGAGCGGAGGGCGGCGGCGCGGCGGAAGGAGGUCCUCGCGGGUUGGAGCAUGUUCCUGUGGUCUACGAAGCAGGGAGCGCUGAUCCUCGCCACGCUGCUCGCCAUCGGAGCUGGGGCUUGGUGGCUUAGCCAGUGA